GUGUGGGUUUCAUUUUUCCUACGCGCACGGUGAUCGACCUGAACACCGCUCGGUUUAGCGUGUAGGUUAACGCAAUAAGAAAAUAUCAGUGCAACUUAUUAGAUGAAAUAUAGCAGGUGCUUUCUGCUUUGAUUGGUCAGAUCGUACUGCUUUGAUUCUGAAGUUUGGUGUGUCACAUUUUUGAAGAAAGUGAUUUUUUGAAGCGUAAAUGUUUACAAAAUAUAGCCUACUAACGCCGAAAGCAGUUCUGCUCAUUUAGGAUUAUAUUUAGUAUUCGCAGAUUUAAGGACGUUAAUUUAUUUACUAGGCGGGUUCAGUAACUUUUGGUAUUUGGGGGUUUACCAUGUCUUAGUCUAGCAGAAGUGUAGAUUUCCAUAUGACAAGACUUAACAGUUUUGUUAUUAUUUAUAUACACAUGGCUUUAUAUAAGUUACUAAUUUUUAUUUUAUUUCUAGAGUGUUUAAAAUUAACAAAAAAUUAAUUUAAUUAAUAAUACCAUUACAUAAUGCGGCGUCAAAUCCAAAGUUGCGCAAUGACGUGGUGCGUGACCUGCCGGUGUUUCCAAGGCAACUUGAAUUGUUUUAGGAUUACGGCGUGCACGCGGAACUCUUCAGCCUCUUUAUUACAUUGGAUAAAGUAUUUUCUUUAACGAUCUUGCUUUUAACCUUCAAACGAUCGCAUAGCAUAGGUAAAAAUGUGUUUUUAAAUUUCGUAAUUUUAAAUUCACUCGUAUUGUUGUGACAUACAUCAGGUCGCAUUACCUUGUUGUGAUGUUUAACCAGGUUUUUUUUUUUUGUUAUCGCCUGGCUUCAGUGGCUUUUAAAUCUUAAAUACAUUAUGUCGAAAGCUUGAAUAAAUAACUUAGCACAUUUCUGUAACUCGAUGUCUUCAGUGUUUUUGGGAAUGAAUUGGGAAAUAUCAAGCGCACAGAUUUGCGAGAACACCAGAUGUGAGGACCUCCAAAUGAUGGCCCAAUAUCAAGAGGUCCGGAGCUUUGUGGGACCUCUUUCACAGCUCUCCCACAUGGGUGUCCAUUUUGACAGGAUGACAGACAGGUCUAAGGAAGUGAAAUCAGCGUUUUCAGCUUAUGAGACGAAUAACAGAACUCCGACCUCUUGGAUACAGUUGUGCAAACAACUGGAGGAGAGAAUCGCCCAAAAAUCAUGCCACUACUCCGUCAGCCAUGAAGACAGACAGUCUCUGGUCAGUCUUCUGACCGCAGUGUUGACCUCCGAGCUGAGUCUGAUCUGGCGAGACUUGAAAACCCCGCCUGCGGACGCCACUCUGACCCAGGAAGAGAAGAUGCAGCUGAACUGCAAGACUUUCCGUGAGGUGCUUCGCAUCUGUGAGCGGCUGUUUCUGCGGUCCUUGCAUCUGAUGGAGACUCUACGAAGGCGAGGCGUCUUUAGCGAUCGUAUCAACCGCAGCAGGGUGUCAGCCCAGCUCGCCACCGACUGCACCGGUCUCUUGAACGUUCGCUCCAUAAGAUGCAGGAUUGUCACAGGAAUCAAGGAUGCACGGAGGCGCAAACAAAGUGCUGUUACACGUGACGACGAGAGGUCCGUGACGGCCACAUCAUGGGAAAGAGCUGUGGAGGAUGACCUCAGGGAGAUUCAGGAGAAAAUCGGGGAGCUGGAUCUGCAGUGUGUGUAUGACCUCCUGCCCUGUAACACGGAGCCAGUCACCUAUAAGACAUACACACGAUGUACGGCAAGAGACACAGAUACAAAAAGUGUUACUUCUGACCUUACAGUCAGUCAAUGGGGUUCUACAACCAAUACGUCCAACAAAAUGAAACAAGAGCAGGAUCAGAGGUUGGUCAGAAUAAAGGGAUGUCAUUCAAUGCCUGACCUACAGAGAGAAACACUGCUGGAGGAGCUGGAGAUAAGGCUACUCCAUCCACCUCCAUCACCAUUAGUCCUACUGUCCACAGACCCUGCCUCAAGCCUGGAGAAACGCAUCAGUCCUGGGGAAGAUCUGAAGAGAUUAUUAUUACAGGAAAGAGAUGACAAGGACGAUGGUAACUGUGAGACGGAUCUGUGCUCUCUUAUAGAAUCCCUAACCUGCUAUAGUUCUAGCAGACUCCAAAGACUCAAACAAAAACUACAGAAAAUGGAGGAAGAGCAGGAAGCAAAGAAGCUUCUUGCGAAGAAACCUCUGCACCCACAAGGAGAUGUGGUCAGUGUGACGUUUUCUCCUCAUAACAUGCGCACAGCAAUGGCCCAAGUGUCUGAUAGGGUUCUCCCAGAGGCCAUCAAACUCAGCAUGUACCCACCGGUCUACAAUGACCUCACUGAAGAGAUUGAUUCUGCCUCGGUCGCUUUGAUGGAUCAGAACUUGGAAGAAGAAAAAAUGGAUAUAAGCAAAGUCUUUGAAGAGUUAUCCAAAAGUACUUCAACAAAAUAUUUCAACUUUGAUGAGGACUCCAGGAUUGAGCCUGCCCUGAAAAAUGCCACGUUAUGCCCAAAAAGAGUGAUUAAUAAGCAGCUAAUGAACCCAUCACUCAAAAGGCCCAAUCCAUACAGCAUAACCCACAGAGAGAGAACAGAGAGGGCUGUGAGCAGCAAGAGGCCUGUGAAUGCGACCGCUCGAGCGUACAGAGCAUGGUUUCAGUGGUGGAGAUGUCAGCUAUCAAUGGAUGAUUAUCUUGACUACAUUUCCAAUCAGGACUCUGAUUAUCUGUCAGUGCUGUUUCACCUGUAUGACAGUGAUGAGGAUGAUGAUGAAGAGGCAGAGAGACACAAGCUGGCUCAGCUGCAGAUAGACGAAAGGAGAAGUCAACAGGAAAGGCUCCGUUCACUUAGGAGACUAAAACAAGAAUUUGUUCCUGGAUUCUGGAACAUCAACACCAUAGAGAUGGGAGGAUUGGGAAGGGACCCAGAACAGCAUGAGAAAAAUCCAGAAGAGGAAAUAAAAGAUGCAUCUGAAGGACAGAAAGGUCUUCUGGAUGGAGAACAGCUGCAGGUCAGGCUGGAGAGGGUCUGGGACGCCCUGCUUCUGCCAGAAGGCCAGCGACUAGACAUGGCCAUCAAAUACAGCUCUCAUGAGUACAGGGACCAUCUGCAGGAGGCAAUUGCUGCAUGGGAGCAGGCUGCUCGGUUGAUCCAGAAGAGGGAGCUCUUGCUCUCCAGGUUGGAAGACUUUGAGAGGAAGGCGUCUGACCCCAACAGAUUUUUCCAGCGAGGUUAUAAGGGUUCAUCCAUCGCUAGAAUGGAAGAGGCAAGUCAAAGGGAGAAGCUCAACUCUCGGAUUUCAGUUGUAGACCAAGAAUUGUCCGAGACCAUGGGCCUCAUCACAACCCGUUUCAAUGACAACAUAAGCUAUAAGGGUAGGCCGUACGGAGAAAAGAUGCGCUGGGAUCGUACUGAGAUGCUGUACUGGCUGCAGCAGGAGAGGCGGGUCCAGUCUCUGGAGAUGUUUGUAGAUGGACGGAUGGCUCUGCCUGUAAGGCUUCCUCCUCUGAGUCAAAGCAAGGAGCUUCACUCAGGCAACCAUCAAUCCCUCCAGGAACACCCUCUGUCACACUGUGAGGGAAAUGGACAAUUAUUGCAACACUGUGAACUUUAAAGAAAUAUACCACUUACGUCCAAAUACUAACAAAUAAAACAACACCUGUCGGUUUUAUAGACCUGUUUUGAUUUUGAUUACUGGUUUAGUAUAUUCUUACUAGUAAGAACUAUAAUAACUCAUUUUCAUUUUUGGGUCAACUAUUCCUUUAAGAUUUUGUAAAGGAAUUGGCUUAAGACUUGUACAUUUUUUAAAACAAUUUCUUUUAAAUGUAUAUAUACUUGUUUUGGCAGCUUAGAAAUAAAAUCAUUAUUAUAAAAUGCAAAUAAAUCACAUUUAUUUUUUC